AUGCGUCGACCCGAAACCUUGAAGAUUGAUAGCUCAAGGCACAAGGGAACCGAUGAAGAUUCCCUUUUGAGACGGUUCGUCGAGUUGGACGAUGCCAUCAGGGCCCGUCUCAUCGAGGGUGACGAGAUGCAAGUCACCUUCACCCUGUCAAAUUUGACGGGACGAGCAAAGACUUGGGCCUUAGGACUCAAGCUUCACGACCUAAACGUGUUUGAGUUGCUGGAGAUCUUGAAGCCUCGGCUCAAAGAGACGUUUGAGCCGCCGAGAGCCGAGUACAGAGCACGCUCUGCACUCUUGAGGCUAAAGCAAGGUAAGCGUGACACGUACGCUUACGCACAGCACCUACUCUACCUUGCGAUAAUCGUCACGGAAAACCCUGUUGAUGAGCACGCGCUCAUCAACGUGUUCAUCUACGGCCUUGUGGAUGGGCCGGUGAAGACCUACAUGUUCCGAGAGGACUUCCAUACGCUGGAAAGGGCGAUAGCGUAUGCGGAACGAGAAGACUUCAGCCUGAUACAGUAUCAGGAUAACUCGUCAAACUAUCGUCCGACGAGGCGACAGGAAACAGGAGGUCCCGAACCAAUGGACCUCUGUUACAUCGAGAGCGAGAACUCUCGCUCUCUGAGUCACAAGCGAACGGCAAUAUGCCAUCGCUGUAAAAAGAUUGGGCAAUACGCUCAUGAGUGUAGUGUCCCAUGCACCGCAUCACGUCCGAAGACAGGACGUGAUGACCACCGUUGGCCAAGGAAGGGUCCGAGGCGUAAGUCCGACCAUGUCGCUAAGCCGCGACAGCAAGUUGGACCGUCAAAAAAACGGUCAGGGUCAGUAGGGGUGGGGCACCCUGCUGACCCAGCAACGUCAAGAGAAUUUGCAGGACUCUUGACGUAG